UUAGUUCACCAAAAAGAAAAGGAAAGAAAAAAAUAUUUGUUAAAGGCGUUAGUGAGUGGCGGUGGAUCUUUUUCCCACAUCGGAGGAGCGAGCAGAAAUUGGGGAAGUGAUGGAGUAUAUAAAGGGAAGGAGGGACGCUUUGCUACAUACUUACCUGGACGGGGUCAAUGGGUGAUCAAGAAGGCCCAUGGCCUAGGUUGGUGACCUCCAUCGCACUUCGGAGGGGUGCCCGCCUAAGGUCUACCCUAAGGGGUGGAGCCUACGUCAUAAUUUGUGACAGCGGGGGCCAGCGUUCGCGCGGCCCCUACCAAUUUAAGUCCAAUAUUUUUCAUUAUAGGUCAGGCCCAAUGAUCCCUUUGUUAUGUCGUCUUGGUGCUUUAUCAUGCUAGGGUUGUUUCGUUAGCUUCCUUAAAUAUUGAUUGGAUGGGAAUUUCAAAUUUUGGUUAGUGGUCGUCGUUGGUGAUUUUCAGUGAAGAAUGUUUUUUUUGGAAAGGGUCAGUGAUUUGUGAAGAAGUUUGGCACUUGUCUGGUGGGUGGGGGGCUUUUUUCUCUUCUCCUUUUGUAAAGUGCAGGGAUGGGGUUAUUUAGUAUUAAUAGAAUUGAGCUGUUACCUGGAGAAGAGUCUGGGGGGCGGAAAAUGAUGUUCCAAAGUUGUAGAACUCUUGUGACAAUUUUAGUGAUCACUGGGUUUAUAGCAGCAGCAGGAGCAUUUUACACUGUAGAGGGUCAGCCACAUCGGAUUCUCUUGGAUACGGAUGUUGGUACCGAUGAUUUGUUUGCUCUCUUAUAUCUUCUGAAGCUCAACAUAUCAGAAUUUGAUUUAGGUAGAGAAGGCAAUAAGGAUUAUUAUCUGCAUCAAAUGCAGGCGGUUACCAUAAGCUCUGAUGCGUGGACUAAUGCAGGACAUGCCAUCAAUCAAAUUUAUGACAUUCUUUACAUGAUGGAUCGGCGGUUGGAGUGGGAGGUAAAGAACUAUUCUGCUUCGUUUCAACUGGGGAACAGUACAGCUGGAUAUUGUAGAUACAGACAAGCCAUUCCGGUUGGUCUUGGGGGUAUAUUAGAUAUUGGAACAAACUACGGUUUUCGCAAAGGUUUUCUACCACAGAGAAAUAUUAAGCACAUUUACAUCAUGGGGGGUGCUGUGAGAUCAAAGACUCCAACUGGUUGCUGUCCAAAGAAUGUCGGUGCAUCUUGUCAACCACGGCAGUGUGGCGAUCGUGGCAAUAUGUUCACAGGCUACACUAGUAAUCCGUAUGCAGAAAUCAACAUAUUUGGAGAUCCUUUUGCAGCAUAUCAGGUAAUUCACUCAGGAAUCCCAGUAACUCUAGUUCCAUUGGAUGCCGCAAACACCAUCCCUAGUUAUUUUAUGUGGGACUCAAUUUUAGCUGGUGUAGCAACUUCCAUUAUGCGCAUACGACAUACUAAGCCAGGGGUGAAUGAAUUUGCUGUGAUGGAGUUCAUUAACAUCACUGUUGUUACUUCAAAUGAGCCAUAUGGAAUAUCUGAUGGCUCAAAUCCAUUUUUUGAUUGGCAUGAAACUCCCAAGUUCAAAUUAAUGAGAAAUGGGAUUCACAGUGGCCAUGUCCAGAAUGGACUUCGUGAUCCUUUUUGCAGUGUGAAAAAUGCUAAAGGAAGAUGCCAAGAUGGUUAUACUAAAGAAGUUGCUGGGAACGAAGGUGUGCAAGUGCUUGUUGCUGUGAAGGCAAAGCCGAAUAGCGAUCAACGAAGUUCCCUUGACAGAGAAUUCUACAAAAGCUUUCUAGAUGUUCUGAAUCAUCCCCAACAUUCCGGGCUGUUCAACAUCACCACGCAAUUUCCUCACUACGAGGAAAAGCUAUACAAGCCUGAUUUCACCGAAAGGAAACUUAGAAAGAAUGUUGUAUUUGACAUGGACAUGAGUCCUGGAGACUUUCUUGCACUAUUUUAUCUUCUUAAAAUGCCUGUUGAAACUAUGAAUCUCAAGGCAAUAUUGAUUUCUCCAACUGGAUGGGCAAAUGGCGCAACCAUAGAUGUUGUAUAUGAUUUACUUCACAUGAUGGGCCGUGAUUAUAUUCCCGUCGGCCUAGGAAAUGUGUUUGCAAACAAUCAAUCUGAUUCACUGUUUCCUGCUGUGGGAGACUGCAAAGAGAAUUUUGAGAUGUCAGGCUAUGUUUACUGCACGUAUACUGGAGAAAAUUCUGUCAAAUUUGGAGCUCCUCAAGAUACUGAUCACCCUGAACUCAGACAACCCCUUGCCAUUGAAGUCUGGCAAUCAGUAGUGAAUUCUCUCGAACCAGGAUCCAAGGUUACCAUUUUGACAAAUGGACCCUUAACUACCCUAGCACAAAUUGUUGCUUCGGGCAAAAAUAUGACCUCUGCAAUUGAGGAUAUAUUUCUUGGAGAAAUUCUGGGUGCUGCAUUCCUAGGUGGAGAUCAUUCAGUUCCGGAGCCAUCAUUGGAAAUGAAGAAUAUCGUGAUCUCGGCGCAAGGCAUUGAAGCUGAAGACGGGCAAAUGAAAAUUGGUAAGAAACAAGGAAAACCGGUUAAAGUACUGAAAGAUGUGAAUCCCAUUGAUUCUUAUAAUCUUUUUGCUACUCAACUUUGUGCCGAGAACCAGUCUGCCAUAGUUGGAAGCUUUGAUGAGCAGCGAAGAACGUAG